AUCAACUGCGCACGCAGUACAAACACAAGCGAAGCUAGCGGCCGCAUUUCUGAGGACUGAGCAUCGCCCGAGGCCGGCCGUCAUGGGGUUGACCAAACAGUACCUGCGCUACGCCGCCAGCGCCGUGUUCGGAGUGAUUGGCGGCCAGAAAGCCAACAUCGCGUACGUGACCCUCCGCGGGGGGGAGAGAGGCCGCUACGUGGCCGUGGCCGCGUGCGAACACGUCUUCAUCUGGGACGUCCGGAAAGGAGAGAAGGUCUUGAUCCUGAAGGGCCAGAAACACGAGGUGACCUUCCUCUGCGCCUCGCCGGAUGGCGUCCACGUGGCCGUGGGUUACGAGGACGGCGCCGUGCGGAUCUUCAGCCUGCUGAGCAGCGAGAGCAGCGUGUCCUUCAACGGCCACAAGACCGCCGUCAGCGCCAUGCGCUACGACGCGCUCGGAGCUCGGCUCGUCACCGGAUCACGGGACACAGAUGUGAUCGUGUGGGACAUCAUCAAUGAGUCGGGGCUCUACAGGCUGAGGGGCCACAAAGACGUCAUCACAGAGGCCUUGUUCCUCAAAGACAGGAACCUCCUGGUCACCAGCUCUAAGGACAGCUUUGUGAAGUGGUGGGACCUGGACACACAGCACUGCUUCAAGACCAUGGUGGGCCAUCGCAGCGAGGUGUGGGGCAUGGUGCUGCUGAACCAGGAGAAUCGGCUGUUAACGGGCUCAGCAGACAGUGAGCUCCGGGCCUGGGACAUCAACUACCUGCAGGAGGAGAAAGCUGUGGGAGAGCCUAAGGUGAAGAAGGGGAAAACUCUGCUGGAUGAUGACGAUGAGGAAGAGGCGGAUGAAAGUCCUGAGGAGCGGAUCCUGAGUUGUAAGAAAGCCGGAUCGAUCCUGAGGGAGGCCAGAGACCGCGUCGUCUCUCUGGCAGCGGACGCCAAGGCCCGAGUCAUCGCCUGUCAUGGCAAUGACGCCGUCCUGGAGAUCUUCACUGUGCUGUCGGAGGAGGAGGUGCAGAAGAAGAUGACUAAGAAGCUGAAGAAAGCCAAAAAGAAGGCAGCGAAAACUCAGGAAGACGCAGGCGAGGAGGAGGCGGAGCCGGUGGUGGAGCGGAUGCUGAAGGACGAGAUCCUCAAACUGACCAAAAUCAAAGCCUCCGCCAAGAUCAGGUGGGUGGACUGCCUGUCGUGUGCCGGCGGCGAGCUGAAGGUGGCGCUGCUGCUGCAGAACAACACCAUCGAGACCUACAGCCUGAAGACGUCGGACAGGACGCCCGCGGCCAAUAAGACGGCUCGCCUCACGCUGGGCGGCCACCGCACCGACGUCCGCACGCUGGCCUUCAGCUCGGACAACCUGGCCGUCCUCUCAGCCUCGGGGGACACGGUCAAAAUCUGGAACAGGUCAACGCUGCAGGUGAUCCGCACCAUGGCCUGUGAAUACGCCCUCUGCUCGCUGUUCGUGCCUGGAGACAGACAGAUCAUCCUGGGAACGAAGAGCGGGAAGCUGCAGAUCUUUGAGUUGGCCUCAGGAAGCCUGCUGGAGACGGUGGACGCUCACAACGGGUCUCUGUGGUCCCUGUGCCUCGCCCCAGACCAGAGAGGCUUUAUCACAGGAAGUGCGGAUAAGACGGUGAAGUUCUGGGAGUUUGAGCUGAUUAAGGACCAAGCGACCGACCAGAAGAGGCUGACAGUGAAGCACACACGCACUCUGCAGUUGGAGGAAGACGUUUUGUGUGUGAGGUUUUCUCCCGACCACAGACUGCUGGCCGUCUCUCUGUUAGACUCCACCGUCAAGGUCUUCUACACAGACUCACUGAAGUUCUUCUUGUCUCUGUAUGGACACAAGCUGCCGGUUCUCUGUCUGGACAUCUCACAUGACAACACGCUGAUCGCCACCGGCUCCGCCGACAGAAACGUGAAGAUCUGGGGUUUGGACUUCGGCGACUGUCACCGCUCCAUGUUCGCUCAUGACGACAGCGUCAUGUUCCUCCAGUUUGUCCCCAAGACUCAUCUGUUCUUCACAGCGGGGAAAGACAAGAAGAUCAAGCAGUGGGACGCCGACAAGUUUCAGCUCAUCCAGACGCUGGAGGGUCAUCAUCGGGAGGUCUGGUGUUUCACCAUCAGUCCGAACGGCGACCACAUUGUGUCGGCAUCUCACGACAAAUCCCUUCGUCUGUGGGAGAGAACCAGGGAGCCCAUCAUCCUGGAGGAGGAGCGGGAGAUGGAGCGGGAAGCAGAGUUUGAGGAGAGCAUGGCCAAGGGAGAUGAUCCAGUGGUACCCGGAGAAACUGAAGGAGAAGCAGCUCCAGCCGCCAAGAAGACCAUCGACACGGUCAAAGCUGCGGAGAGAAUCAUGGAGGCUCUGGAACUUUACAAAGAGGAGAACAGGAAGUUGGAGGAGCAUAAAUAUGCCAGUAUGACAGCAGUGAACAAGCUUCCUCUGCCGAAACCGAACCCCAUCCUCGUUGCGUUUGGAAACGUUUCACCGUCCCGCUACGUUUUAGACGUCAUAAAGAAGGUCAGAUCGAGUGAGCUGGAGGUUUCUCUGCUGGUGUUACCGUUCCCGUACGUCCCCCAGCUGCUGACGCUGUUCAACAGCUACAUCCAGCAGGGCCUGGAGGUGGAGCUGGUCUGCCGCUGCCUGUUCUUCCUUCUCAAGAUCCAUUUCGGUCACAUCUCCGGGAACCAGAUGCUGCUGUCCGUCAUCGACGAGCUUCGGACCAACACGGUGUCCAAAGUGCAGGAGAUCAGAGACGUGAUGGGCUUCAACAGCGCCGCGCUGCAGUUCCUCCAGCGGGAGAUCGAGAGCAAAGAGGACGUGAUGUUCUUCGCCGACGCCACGGGCCAACUGGCGAAGAAGAAGAGGAAGAGGAGGAAGAGGGAGCGAGCCAUCCUGACCAUCGCUUAAAUCUUAAAGGACCAUCUCUGUCUGUGUGUGUGAAGCUCUCAGCUGGAUCCAGAGGACCACAGGGUUUCACUUUUCUAUGUUUUGACAUAUUUUGUUAUUCAGCGACGCGAUUUAUUUCCCAAAUAAAAAAUGCUCCCGAAAGCUGCCUCAGUCCAAGCUGUACUUUACGUUUAGAUCUCCAAGCACAAGGAGCUAUCGGUUACCAAAGUUGCCAAAAAUAAAUGAAUUAAUAAAAUAAUAAAUGAACAUGCCAUAAAAUGUACCAAAAUAAAAAUGAAAUGUAGGCAAUUUACCAAUAUUUCCGGAUUUACCUUUCUGGUA